AGGGCGGAGCAUGUUCGUGCCAACGUCAGGAAGAUAAAGUUACACUGGACGGAAGGAGCAGGUUAUGCAGCGGAGGAGAAACUAUGCCGAAAAGUCAACUUAGAGUAAGAGUCAAAUAGGUAAAUGAUGUAACUUUAUCCAGGUUAAAUUGGUGUUUUCCCUCGUUAUAUAUUUGAACAAUGCUGUAAUCUAUGUUGUCAUGUCAGUUUCACCAGAUGAACAUUCUUUGUCAGACUGUGAAAGUUCAAUCAAGGACGUUGGUACGUUGCUAGCUAAAUUAGCUGAACGUUGAUCAUGCUGAAGUAUCAGUCAAUGCCGCUACAGUUACACUUGCAACUGUAAACACGUUUAACAUGCUGUUAGCGCUGAAAUUAACAUAGGCCUAUAACUUCUUGUUGACGCCUUUUCACUGUCUGUCCGGAUCGCUUUGCGGAUUUUUCGGCUACGAAAUCAUUGCCAUCAUAAAAACCUACAGAUUUAUGAAUAUCUGUUAGACAUUCAUUCAGCAGCCCAUUCAGUAAGAUUCAUCAAACGAUUCAUUUAUUCUUUACGUAAGCGAAGCACACCCUUUCAUAUUUUUGCAGACCUGCUUUAUGUAGAUUAUAUUAAUUGGGCCACUUACGCUACAGGACGGAGCUAUUAAAAAGGGAAACACCACGGCACACUUUCCCAGGCUUUGCCACAGUGAUGAGUCAGGGGGAUAUGAAGCAGCCUCUCCUGAGGUCUCCACGGCGCCCGCAGGGCUCCCUAUCUGACCCUGGCACUGACGCUCCUCUAGUGGGGAUCCUUGGCACGGGAGAUUUCUCUCGUUCUUUAGCGCAGCGGUUGCUGGCAUCCGGCUACCGGGUGGUGGUCGGCAGCCGCUGUCCCAAACGCUCCAGUGGGCUCUUCCCUGAGGAGGCUGAUGUGACGACCCAACAGGAGGCCGCUUCACAGGCCGACCUGGUGUUCGUGGGGAUGUUUGUGGAGCACUAUUCGACGCUAAGUGGACUUAAAGAGAUUUUAGCUGGGAAAAUACUGGUGGACGUCAGCAACGGCAUGCGCAUCAACCACGAUGAGCCUUCCAACGCGGAGCAGCUCGCGGCGCUCUUCCCUGACAGCGUGGUGGUGAAGGGCUUCAACGUCAUCUCCGCCUGGACGUUGCAGACCGGGCCAAGAGACGGCAGUAGACAGGUGCAACUGUGUGGUGACAAUGCAGUGGCCAAGAACUCGGUGGCCCAGCUGUGCCGGGAUAUGGGCUUCAUUCCUGUGGACCUGGGGCGCCUCAGUUCAGCGCGAGACAUUGAAAAUUCCCCUCUGCGCCUCUUCCCCACGUGGACGACACCCGUCCUCUGCGCCCUCUCCCUCUUUCUCUUCUUCUACCUCUUCAACUUCCUGCACGACGUCCUCCACCCCUACAUCACAUCUGGCAGGAACGUCUUCUACAAGCUGCCCAUCGACACCGUCAACGUCACACUUCCGGCCGUCGCCAUGGUGAUGCUGGCGCUGGUGUACCUUCCCGGUCUGCUGGCAGCGUUCCUCCAGCUGUGGCGCGGCACCAAGUACCGCCGCUUCCCCGAGUGGCUGGACCGCUGGCUGCAGGCCCGCAAGCAGAUGGGCUUGCUGGCUUUCCUGUGUGCCGCACUGCACGCCGUCUACAGCCUGUGUUUGCCCAUGCGGAGGUCGGCCCGCUACAAGAUGCUCGACGCCGCCUUCAGGCAGGUGAAGGAGGGUCGGGCUGUGUCGUGGGUGGAGGAGGAAGUAUGGAGGAUGGAGCUGUACGUCUCUGCAGGCAUUCUGGCCCUGGGGCUGCUCUCGCUACUGGCAGUGGCGUCUCUGCCCUCUGUGGGCAACUCCCUCAACUGGAGAGAGUUCACCUUUAUACAGUCCCGGUUGGGCUACACCGCCCUGUUGAUGUCCACCCUCCACACCCUGCUGUUUGGCUGGGACAGGGCCUUCCAGCCAUCCCAGUACCACUUCUACCUGCCCCCCACCUUCAUGCUGGCACUGACCCUGCCGUGCGCGGUGCUGCUGUGCCGACUGGCGCUGGCUCUCCCCUGCGUGGCGCGGCGCCUGGCCCGUAUCCGGCGCGGAUGGGAGAGGCAGCGCUGCAUCCGCUUCCAGCUGCCUGAGGAGGAGAGGAACGGAGUGGAGGACAUCAGUAAUGUGUGAGUUUGUGUGUGUGUGUGUGUGUGUGUGUGUAGGAGACACAGCCAUGCACAUCCGGGGGCUAUCCCAGAAAGCGAGUUUUGUUAAAACUCUGGGUUUGUUACUGUUGAGAUGAGGGAAACUCUGAGUUGUCCAUUCCAGAAAAAGAGGAAACUCAAACUUUCUGUCUGCUACCACGGUAAAAAAACAAAUCUGCAACACUGCUGCCGACCUUUGUAAAGCUGUUCCCCCAUGUCAUUAGAAAAUCAAUAAAAGUAUUACUGUUUGUUCCGUAAAAAUCAUCUUUGUGCAGUUUUGAGUAAUGACACAUUAUAUUUUCUGGCCACUGUCUACAGUAACUGCCUCUGUGAACCUAACCUGCUCGCUGGCAGGUUUUCUUUAACAAACGAUGAGUUUCUGCCCAUGUCAUCCCUCCUGCUGAGCAGCUAUUGGACAUGGGUCCUCGUUUACCCGUCACUGUUGAACCCACAUUCAUUUGCAUAGCCUUAUAUGUCAGGAGAGGAUUUUGAGACCCCAAAUGAAUGUGCCAUCAUUCGAUGAUGACUACCUAAUCAAACGUUACCAUUUUUUAAAUAAACAUACAAUUUUCUUCAGUAAUAUUGCACCACUUUUUCACCUGUAGCCUAAUAUUAAAAGAAAGUGUGGUUAAAUUAAUAAUUGCAUUCAAACUCAUUGACACAGCAAAUUAAUAUAAGUGUAGCAGUUCUUAGAAAUCAUCAUUUGUGCUGUUAGGGUUUUAAGUCAUUUUUUUGUCCCUCGGCCAGAAAAUGAAAUGUUUAAUUACUUAAAACCACACAAACGAUAUAUUUUUUUCCACAUAAAUGAACAGUAAUAAUUAUAUAAAUGUUCUAAUGACAUGGGGGAACAGCUUCACAAAGAUCUGCAGCAGUGUUACUGUUUUUUGUUUCAUCGUUCGGAAAUGUGCUCAUACUCACCAUGGCAUGUAUCAGAGUGGUGAAGUAGGAGGACCUUGUCUGUUUUCUUGCUGGUUGCCAUGGUGAUCUGUAGUAUUGGAGCUCCAUUUAAUGAUUGAUUUUUUUUUUUAUAUUCAUCAGGCAUGUGCUUAACCUCUGAGUGAACAUACUCCGAGUUGAUUGAACUAACUCGGAUCAGCUGUUCUGGAACAGAAAACUCAGAGUUUCCCAUCUCCCACUCCGAGUUCAAGGUUAGGCUCAGAGUUUGAUACACCUGCUGGAAUACCCCCCCCCC